AAAAUGUAUCGAAGCAAACAUAUCUUUUCGGCCAUGGCCCUUUUGGUGUGGAUAUUAGUCACCGUCGGGGAAACUAAAAAGGAAAUAAUAUUCAACAGCAUUAAUUGCUCGAUGAGGAACAAAGUCUUUUCAAAGGUUGAAUGUCAGCUACAUUCGCGGCUGGCAUUGAACAUUUUGGCGAUUGUUAGUGAUCAGAAAGCAGUUGACAAACUUACGGCAGUUUGCGAUGCGAAGAUCUUUCCCGAAAACCAGCAAAAGAUGAUACGUGUAAGGAAUCUAAAAUUGGACUUUUGUAGCCUAAAAAAGAACACGGAAAAAGUUUCUUUAAUAGGGAUUUACUACAAUGUUAUUCGGAAGUCAAUAGUUAGUUUUCCAGACAAAUGUCCCUUCAAGAAAAACUCCAUAUUGGCCGUAAGGCAAUUGAAAAUCGGUUCGGAAGAUGUUCCACAAUACUUGCCCCUGUCAAACUAUAGUUUUAUUGGAAAAAUUUAUGCAGGCAAUGAACUAGCAUUUGUAGUCAAGCUUACUGGUGGCUUAUAUGAAAUUAAAAAUAAUUCCAUCUACGCGAAGCCGAUACAAUAUUAA